AUGUCUUUCCAUGGGGAGAUACUUUGUGGGCAAUUCCUCUUACCCAUCCUCUUUACCUUCUUCCUCCUUUUCCACCCUUCAUUCUCCAUGCUUGGAAACAUCACAGAUGAGCAUGCAUUGCUAGCAUUCAAAGCCGAUCUAAUAUCAGAUCCAUUUCAAGUCACAACCUCAUGGAAUGUGUCUACUCCCUUUUGUAAAUGGACGGGAAUAACUUGCGGUCGCAGGCAUCAACGAGUUGUCAAAAUUAACUUGACCUCAAGCAAUCUCCAAGGCUCAUUGUCGCCCGCAAUUGGGAACCUAAGUUUUCUUCGGAUGAUUUUGCUGGAUACAAAUAGUUUUACUGGCAAAAUCCCAAGUGAGAUAGGUGGAUUAUUGCGGCUACAAAUAUUGCACCUUGCAAACAAUUCAUUUUCAGGUGAAAUACCAAACAACAUAUCAAGAUGUUGGAAUCUGAAAGAUAUUAACUUGGCUAGUAACUAUUUAACUGGCAAACUUCCAGUCCAGUUUCAAUCUUUGUCCGAACUUCAAAUCAUGCGUGUUUUCCGCAACAAGUUAACAGGAAAGAUACCUCCACAGUAUGGAAACCUCUCCUCACUCGUUUGGUUCGGUGUAGAAGGAAACAAUCUACAUGGAGUUGUCCCAAAUUCUUUUGGUAAGCUCAAAAAUUUGAGGCAUAUCAUACUGCACAACAACUUCUUUUCUGGUACACUUCUAUCUCUUUCCAAUCUCUCAUUAGUGGAUAUUGACCUUCAAAGCAAUCAACUUGAAGGAGGUCUUCCUCGUAAUAUGAGCAACACAUUUCCAAUAUUAGAGUUUUUAAGUGUUUUCCAAAAUCGCCUUGUUGGUUAUAUACCACUUUGGGUUUCAAAUGCUGCUAGAAUUAAAGUGCUUGACCUUAGUGAUAACAAUUUUACUGGACAAGUGCCAAAUUUUGGAAACUUCAAGCACUUGCGUGCCCUUUCACUCUAUAAAAAUGAGCAUAUUGGAAGUGGAACAAAAGACUUGAGAUUUAUGGCACCUCUAACCAAUUGUACUGAUUUGGAAUAUCUUGAUUUUUCUGAUUGUAAUUUUAGAGGAAAUCUACCACCAUAUAUUGGUAAUAUCUCAAAUCUCAAGAUCUUUGAUAUUAGAGAUAACCACAUAAGUGGGAAGAUUCCUAUUGAGAUCGGUCAACUUAUCAACUUGGAACAAUUACUGUUGAUGGGCAACCAGUUGAGUGGAACUAUUCCGAACACUAUAGGGAAACUCCGAAAUUUGUAUUACUUGAUUCUUGAGGGGAAUCAAUUGUCAGGAGAAAUUCCAUCUUCAUUAGAAAAUGUAACUCUGUUAAGUGACCUAACAUUAGGCUCAAACAAUUUAGAGGGGGCCAUACCAUCUGGUCUAGCCAAAUGCAAGUUCUUACUUGAAAUACACCUUUUUGCAAACAAUCUCAGUGGAUACAUACCAAAAGAAUUUUUUCAUUCAGAUUCAGAACUUGUAAUCAUUGACAUUGCAGACAACAGUUUAAAAAGUCCUCUUCCUUUAGAAAUUGGUGGGUUAAAAAGUUUGACUUUUUUGAACCUCUCAAGCAAUAGUUUUUUUGGUGAACUUCCACCAACUUUCAGUUCUUUGACAAGUGUUGAAACCUUAGAUCUUUCUUCUAAUCACCUCACUGGAAAAAUCCCAAGCUUUCUUGAAAACCUUAGAUCCUUUAUGUACCUUAGCUUGUCAAACAAUGAUCUAGAGGGAGAGGUACCAGUUCGAGGAAUUUUUGGAAACAAAAGUGGUGUUUUCCUUGAAGGUAAUAGUAAGCUAUGUGGGGGUGUUCCAGAGUUACAUUUUCCAAGGUGCAACAUAAAAGAAAUAACAAAAAAAUCACGAAUGUCCCUUGGAUUGAAGAUGGGAAUAUCUAUUUCGUGUGGAAUUUUGGGUUCAGUUUUGGUGGUUCUCUUCAUAGGGACUUAUUUGCAUAGAAGGAGAAAGAAGAGUACUUCACUGCAAAACCAAACAAAAAUCAAGGUCAUGCCUAUGGUGUCUUACAAAACCCUCCACGAUGCAACUAAUGGUUUCUCAAAAGAAAAUUUAAUUGGUUUUGGAAAGUUCAGCUCAGUGUACAGAGGCAAUCUAGAUGAACAAGGAAAAGUUGUUGCUAUAAAGGUGCUCAAACUGCAAGUGAAAGGAGCUUCAAAGAGUUUUAUAGCAGAAUGUGAUGCAUUGAGGCAUAUUAGACAUCGGAACCUAGUAAAGGUUGUAUCAUCGUGCUCUAGCAUUGAUCAUCAAGGCAAUGAUUUCAAGGCGAUUGUUUAUGAGUACAUGGAGGAGGGAAACCUGGAAACUUGGCUGCAUCAUCCUCAUCAUCAUACUGAGCCUACGCAUUUGAGCUUGUUGGAAAGAGUAAAUAUUGCAAUGGAUAUAGCUUGCGCACUUGAUUAUCUUCAUGCGGAGUGUGGAACUACUUUAGUUCAUUGCGAUCUCAAACCAAACAAUGUUCUAUUAGAUUGUGACUUAGUUGCUCAUGUGAGUGACUUUGGAUUGGCAAGGUUUCUUCCAGAGGCAGCAUAUACAAGUUCUGCAGGAGUUAAAGGGACUUUUGGAUAUGCUGCUCCAGAGUAUGGCUUGGGAAAUGAAUUCUCAACAUCCGGUGAUAUGUACAGCUAUGGUAUACUGUUGUUGGAGAUAUUUACAGGAAAAAGUCCCACGGAUGAUAUUUUCGCUAAUGGUCUAAAUCUUCAUGAGUAUGUUAAGAUUGCCCUGCCUCAUAGAGUCAUGGAGAUUGCUGAUCCAACACUGCUAUACAGAAAGGAGGACAGUUCAAGUAAGAGCUCUCAGAUAAGCCCUAAUAAAGUUGUUGAAAUACUCCUUUCAGUUUUGGGGAUUGGUAUUGCUUGCUCAGUGAAUUCAUCAAGUGAAAGGAUGAAUGCUUGCACUGCAAUGAAUAAACUGCGCACAAUCAAAUCCAACCUUCUAGGAACAAGGCAACAAUGAGAGAUGUUAAUUUUCAUCAUCAUUUAGCACUAUGUUUGCUGUAUCAUUUGUUAAUAUUGGAAGGUGUUGUUCACAUUCUCUAGCUACAGCUUCAGAAGUUCAUUAUU